UGGGAGGGGGCGGUAAGCGGGGGCUGGGGGGAGGGGGCGGGGGGGCCGCGCCGCGCGAGCCGUUGGGCCUAGCUCGGAGAAGGCGUCGCUGCCGCCGAGACCGCCGCCGUAGCUGCCACCAGGAAACACAAGGAGCGGGAAGAAGCACAGCGUGGCGAUGGGUGGGGGUAGAGCCCCGCCGGAGAGGCUGGGCGGCCGCCGGUGACAGACUGUGCUGUGACCACGGUGUCCCCUGUAUGUCCUGCUGUUCUGAGCUGUCCCAAGCUAGGUGACAGCGUGCCACGCUGCCACCAUGAAUGAAGUGUCUGUCAUCAAAGAAGGCUGGCUCCACAAGCGUGGUGAAUACAUUAAGACAUGGAGGCCCCGAUACUUCCUGCUGAAGAGUGAUGGCUCCUUCAUUGGGUAUAAGGAGAGGCCUGAGGCCCCUGACCAGACCUUACCCCCCUUAAACAACUUCUCUGUAGCAGAAUGCCAGCUCAUGAAGACCGAAAGGCCCCGGCCCAACACUUUUGUCAUACGCUGCCUGCAGUGGACCACAGUCAUCGAGAGGACCUUCCAUGUAGACUCUCCAGAUGAGAGGGAGGAAUGGAUGCAGGCCAUCCAGAUGGUCGCCAACAGCCUCAAGCAGCGGGGCCCGGGUAAGGACCCCAUGGACUACAAGUGUGGCUCCCCCAGUGACUCUUCCACAGCUGAGGAGAUGGAAGUGGCGGUCAGCAAAGCACGGGCCAAAGUGACCAUGAAUGACUUCGACUAUCUUAAACUCCUUGGCAAGGGGACCUUUGGCAAAGUCAUCCUGGUGCGAGAGAAAGCGACUGGCCGCUACUACGCUAUGAAGAUCCUGCGGAAGGAGGUUAUCAUUGCCAAGGAUGAAGUUGCUCACACGGUCACUGAGAGUCGGGUCCUCCAGAACACUAGGCAUCCGUUCCUUACUGCAUUGAAGUAUGCCUUCCAGACCCAUGACCGCCUGUGCUUCGUGAUGGAGUAUGCCAAUGGUGGUGAGCUGUUCUUCCACCUGUCACGGGAGCGUGUCUUCACUGAAGAGCGGGCCCGGUUUUAUGGCGCAGAGAUUGUCUCAGCUCUUGAGUAUUUGCACUCACGGGAUGUGGUGUACCGCGACAUCAAGCUGGAAAACCUCAUGCUGGACAAAGAUGGCCACAUCAAGAUCACUGACUUUGGCCUGUGCAAAGAGGGCAUCAGUGAUGGGGCCACCAUGAAAACCUUCUGUGGGACCCCGGAGUACCUGGCACCUGAGGUGCUGGAGGACAAUGACUACGGCCGGGCAGUGGACUGGUGGGGGCUGGGUGUGGUCAUGUACGAGAUGAUGUGCGGCCGCCUGCCCUUCUACAACCAGGACCACGAGCGCCUCUUUGAGCUCAUCCUUAUGGAGGAGAUCCGCUUCCCACGCACUCUCAGUCCUGAGGCCAAGUCUCUGCUUGCUGGGCUGCUUAAGAAGGACCCCAAGCAGAGGCUUGGUGGGGGGCCCAGCGAUGCCACGGAGGUCAUGGAGCACAGGUUCUUCCUCAGCAUCAACUGGCAGGACGUGGUACAGAAGAAGCUCCUGCCACCCUUCAAACCUCAGGUCACAUCUGAGGUAGACACAAGGUACUUCGAUGAUGAAUUCACCGCCCAGUCCAUCACAAUCACACCCCCAGACCGCUAUGACAGCCUGGGCUCACUAGAGCUGGACCAGCGGACCCACUUCCCCCAGUUCUCCUACUCGGCCAGCAUCCGUGAGUGAGCAGCCUGCCCGCCGCCAUAGGACGCACGCACGGCUGCCAUCCACUGCCUGGGUGGCUUUUUUUUUUUUAAUGUUUAAUUUUGCCUUAUUGGUUUGUGUCCCCAUCUCUUGCCGCCUCUCCCCCAUUUUCAGUUUUUCUUGUCCUCUUCCAAACUCACCUCAGCAGUCCCAGCAGCCCUUGCCUCCAGCCUCACCUUUGUGCCCAGAUUAGUAUUUGGGAGACUCUCCACCUCCUGCCACAGGACCGGGCUGUUGGGUGGAUGGAGAGAUUCAGGUUUUUAAUCAACACAAGCCCCAGGGAGGGGUGAAGCAUGAAGUGUGGAGCCGUGGGACCAGCCAUGCAGGCAGCCUGCCUACACGCUCCUGCUUCCUGAUGAAGGCUGCCUCCUGGCGGGAUGCUAUUGGACACCCAGUGGACAGUGGUGCUGCCUUCUGUGCCCUGUCUAGGCUCACAGUAGCCUGGCUUGGGGCGGUCUAACCCCCUCACCCCUCCUUGGGGGCAGAAAAGCAAUAAUGUCCAGGGACAGGCAGGGGGCCUUGGAAGCCAUGGGGUCAGGGGGUUGUGCUCCCUUGUAAAUGGAGCCAGUUCCUUGGAUCUGCAUCAUGUGGAACCAGGAAGGGGGGGAGGGGCUGGCAUUGCUCCCCCUACCCCCAAGCUGCUCUCCUGACCCUGUGGAUGAGGCAGGAGAGAGGCUAGCCUGCCCAGCCUUCAGCCCCGUGCCUUACCAGGGCUUCCUUCCAGCUGGACUUAUCUCCCGCUGGACCCUGUGCCUGGCCCAGCCCCAUUGGAGCAUGUGGGCUGGGAUCAUCCCCCAUCCCCUUCUCUCUGCCUAGGGGCAGAGGGGCACCAGCCCUGGCUGUUACACAUCUUGCACCGAGACAGUAUUGGACCCCAUGGACUGCGGUGGGGGUGGGCAUCUCUGGUACAUAUUGGGUGAGGGCCUCUAAGAAAGGAGGCUCCUAGGCCACCUCACCCCCUCCUCCCUUCAGGCCCCCACAUUCUGCAGCCUUAAGGUGAACAUGAGCGCAAGUCCGUGUUAGUGCUGUGGGUACUCGGACUGUGUAUGUGCCUCGGACUGUGUGUCAGUGGGACACAGGCCCUAGGGGUGUGUGUAUGUGCAUUGGAUAUGUGUGUGUGUGUGUGUGUGUGGGCUCGGGCCCCCAUCCUUUGCCCGAGCAUUUUAUCCCAUGAGGGUAGAGGUGCUGACCUAGUGGGAGGAACCCCCCCCCCCAGCCCCGGGAGCCCCUUGCUACCCUCCCCUCCUUUACCCCCCCCCCACAUCUCUGGGUGUUUUGAUCUGGAAUUUAGUUUUCUGUGGUUUUGAUCUCCCCACCCCACCUCCUAUACUAGCCGGUUCAUAGAAAGGCAUCUCGGGGUGGAGUGGGAUUGGUGUGUGUGGGGGUCUUUUUUCCUUUCUGUGUGUGUAUGUUUAUCUGACAAUUCUCCCCCAUCUUCUUUCCUUGUCCCUCGUAUUUGUACGGUACAAGCAAUAAAGAUGCUCUUUUGAGACCAGGGCCCAGCCUGCACUUGUGCUGGCCCGUGACCCUAGGUCUUGCCUUGGUUAUGGA